AUGUCGUCCAAUCCCUCCACCCUCACCUUCGCCGGCGACGCCACCGUUGUCUCCGAGCACGGCCCUGACGCCUACGAGAGGACGUCCUAUUAUAACGGCAUCACUGGGGACGGCGACUACCCGGACCUCGUUUACCGUUCGGACUUCCUCACUACGCCCUUUCCCAAGCCCGUCGGCAGACACGCCCACGUCCCCGUCAAGUCGCUCCGCGGAGUCUUCGACACCCCGCUCAAUGAUGUCUGGGACGCUGUUGGUCCCCAUAUUCGUGACCUGAUCAAGGCAUACGAGAUCCACUGGUCGUCCGGGCCGCCGGGAGAGGAGGCGAAGGGGAGUCUCGGCCCCGUCGUCAUCUGGGUCGGCAUCAUUCUCGGCUCUACUUCCCCCAAUACCGCCCACGAUGUCUCCCAAGAGAUCCUUAAGCUCCUGCUGAAGAACGGAGUCGAGGAUGCUGUUGUGGAAUGGCGCGAGGCGGUCCCGCAGAGCGGCAACGCCACUCAUCACGUAGGUCACUUCCUCACUGCUCUCCUCGGCGUUCUCCUUGCGAAUGAAGAAAUGGAGGAGGGCACUCUUACCCUCUGGUUCCACGAAAAUAAAGACAAGGACGGCAACCCUAGCAACAAGGUUUAUGGCGUCAGCAACUGUCACGUCCUGCGCAAGCACACUAACGUCGAUUAUGAGCACAGAGGCGGCACACCCAUGGACUACGUUCGCCUUUGCGGAAUUCGUCGAUUCCAGCGCAGCCUCGACAUCACAAAGGCCAUUGCUGAUCAUGGCAUUCUCGCAGACCUUUGGGCCCGAGAUAUCGUCGAACUGCAGGCACAGGAGGGGCAGAACCGGGAGGACGCGAGAGAGAUGCUGCGGAUUCGAAGCAAAUUGGACGACGAGAACGAAGCUAUCGCCGAUCUCGAGGCCCUCUACGAUCAAGUCACGAAGGAAUGGUCAAACAUCAAGCUCCACCGCAACAUUGGACACGUCCAAUAUGCUGAAGCCAUCACGGUCGACGAAGACGACACACGAUAUACCUCGGACGGCUGCCGCUGCCUUAUCGUCGGCAAAGACGGUAACGCUACCGACCUCACCGUCGGACGUUACGCCGGCCUAGUUUUGUUUACUCGGAAUGAAGUUGGCAUCGAGUCCGUCGAGCUCGGUAUCUACAACUCGGGCGUCAAGUGUGUCGAAGUCUUCUCCGCUAAAGGAGACUCGGGCUCCCUUGUCUGGCACACGAAGAACGGUCAAGCUCGCAUCGUCGGCCAACUCCACUCUGGACACAACAAAGGCGGCUCAACCAGCAACCAUGUUACGUACUGCACCCCUGGGUGGUACCUCCUGAAGCAGAUCAAGAAGAGAUUCAGGCACGCCGACUUCUACCGUACGACCCGGUCAGCUUGA